CGAGCCGUUGGAUCAUCCCCGGAUGCAGAAUCUGAUUACACAAGGUGGAAUUGAAGUUGAUGCAGAGAUUGAUGAAGGUUAUCGCAGCAGAUCGGAUUCUGCAUGUGAUCAUUAUGAAGACGAAGAUCAAAAGGCUAAAGAAACCAUGGAAGUUCACAAGGUGUCCAAUGUUGAUCAACCUUGUGAGCAAAAAACUGGGGAAAUUCCACCCCAGCAUCUUGAGUUCUUCGUCCAUGGCGAUAAUUGUAGCUUGGUUCCGUUCGAACUGAUUGAUUCUUCCGCCGCCGCUGCCACAGAGACAGAUAGCCGACGUCGUCACAAGGUGGCAGAGGGUCAAGAAUCAGAGGAUCGGAAUGAAGAUGUUAUUUUGGAUUUUGAUAUGCUUUCUGGUGGUGUGGAAACCGAACCAGUUUUCGAGAAUUGGCACACGUCGGGAGAUAGUGUGAUAAGUUUUUCCUGUCCCAAGAGAAAACCGAAACCACUGUCAGUAUCAGUAUCGCUAGUUGAAGCAAAUUUGGAGCAGAAUUUUGGUCCAUCAAUUAAAGAAAAACCUAGGAAUCACAAUCUUGAAGCUCUUGUGGAAAGCAGAGAAGCCUCAGAAGAAGUGACAGAAAUGCAGGGAGAUGAAUUUGAAACAGAAGUGUCCAUUGGAACGGAAAUUCCUGAUCAUGAACAAGUGGAUGAGUAUCAAAUUCAUGAUAUUCCUCCGGAGGACUCAAAUCAACACAUGCAAGAAGAUUCAUCUGCUAGCGCAGUCAGGUUUCGUGUCCAAGAUGAAAGUGGUGGUGAUAAAGAUGAGGAGUUUGUAGAAUUUCAAACCAUGUCAGUUGAGACAAGCAUGCCAAAAGUACUAAGGAACCAUUUGGAAUCAUCUUUGGAGUUCAAUGAGAAUGAAGCGGAGAAAAUUCCUGAUACUCCCGCUUCUGUAGAGAGGAGAGAAUCAGGAACAGAAGAAUCCUUGGAUGGAAGCAGCACCAUAAGCGAUAUAGAACCCGGCGAGCUCACCAUUGAGAAGCUAAAAUCAGCAUUGAAAGCUGAAAGGAAGGCCUUGAGUAGUGCAUAUGCAGAACUAGAAGAAGAGAGAAGUGCGUCUGCUGUAGCAGCGAAUCAGACAUUGGCAAUGAUAAAUAGGCUUCAGGAAGAGAAAGCAGCUAUGCAGAUGGAAGCUCUUCAGUACCAAAGAAUGAUGGAAGAACAAUCCGAGUAUGAUCAGGAGGCAUUGCAGCUUCUGAAUGAUCUAAUGGUUAGAAGGGAGAAGGAGAAGCAAGAUCUAGAAAGAGAGCUCGAAACAUACAGAAAGAAGUUUCAGGAAUUGGAGGUUAAAGAAAAAUCAACAAUGUCAAGAAGAGAUGUAACUAACUCAAACUCAUCAGUUUCUUGCAGCAAUGAGGAAGAUAGUGAUGGUCUAUCUGUAGAUUUGAAUCAAGAAGCAAAGGAAGAGAAUGGAUUCUAUGGCGAACAGAACACGAAUACGCCUGUAGAUGCUGUCCUCUACUUGGAGGAAUCUCUAGCAAACUUUGAGGAAGAGAGGUUGUCAAUUCUAGAACAGCUCAAGGUGCUGGAAAGAAAGCUUGUCAAGCUGAAUCAUGAAGAAGAUGUUUGUCAUGAGAAUGGAAAUGGAUACUAUAACCAUGUGAAUGGAUUUGCAAAUGGUCAUUCCUACAUCAAUGGUGGGAGGAAAAUCAUGGGUCAAAAAGGCAAGAGGCUUCUUCCAAUUUUUGAUGCAAUAGGAAAAGAAGAGAAUGGGACGGAUUUCAAUUUGAACUCAGUGGAAAAUAUUUCAAUGGAAGAGGCUGAUUUAGAGGAAGAAUUGGAUGAUGUUUAUGAGAGAUUACAGGCACUAGAGGCUGAUAGAGAGUUUCUAAAGCACUGUAUCAGUUCCGUGAGGAAAGGGGACAAAGGCUUAGACCUUCUUCAAGAGAUUUUGCAGUACCUUCAUGAUCUGAGGAAUGUGGAUCUCAGACUUAAGAACAUGAGCGAUCUUGCUGUAUAACUAGUUCUUGCUCAUUUUUGCUACAAGGAUAAUAGGCAUAGUAAUGUUGAUGAUGAUCCACAAGUUCAACUGAAGAAGUACAUGAAUACAUGGGCCAGCUAGAUAAGGGAAAGUAUUAAUCAUAUGGCUUCUAAACUUUUGAACAAAAAUGUCAAAGGAGGUUCCCUGGUGGGAAG